GUUAUGCCCAUGAAUGUGUCAACUCUCGAUGUAUAGAUGAAGACCUCGCGUGUAAUGGCUAUGACUCGUGCGGUGAUGGUUCCGGUUGUAAUCUUGGCACGGGCGCAAUUGUUGGAAUAGUAAUUGGUUCCCUUGCCAGUGGAACGUUUUUAAUCAUCCUAAUGGUGUAUUGUAUUUACAGAAGGAGACAUGAAUGUAAAAAAGUUCUGAAUCUAGAUUCUCACCAGGAAGGAAUUCAAAACACUGUAGUGCGUCAUGACGAUUUUCUAUCACGUGACCAAACUUCAUACCCUCUCUCACAGGAUACUUCAGCACAAGACCAAGGUCUGUACACUGUCUCAUCUACUGCUGUAACUGAAACAGACAGCGAAAUUAUGACACAGACAAACCAAGAAGAUCUGCUUCCAUCAUAUACUGCGCUAUUUGGCGAUAACCCAGUGGAAAAUAGACAAUAUCAUAAUACCCUAAGUGGAAGGAAUUUAACAAACGGCCAAGAAGAAGAAAAUGAAAAUACUACUCAGCCUCCGUCAUAUACAAAACUUUUUGGCAAUAAUCCAGUAGGGAGGCAAUAUCACGAAACCUUGAAUGAACGUAUACAGUCAUCAAUGAACAAUGCAACACGUGAACAGCAAAACUUUCCAGCAAAUAGCCAAGAAGAACAAAACGAAGAUAGUACUCAGUCUCCACUACAUACUGAAAUAUCUAGAAACAUCACAUUAGGGGUAAAUAAUAUGGAAAGACCUGCGAGGGCAGUUUUAGAGACCCCUAUUUGAACAGUCAUUUAGUUUUAUUUCAUUCUGAAUAAGAAACAGAUUGGUGAAAAUUAUAGCGGAAAA